GCAGCAGCACGUGGAGAUUUGGAAACCUUAAAAUGGGUCGCUGAGUGCUAUUUACCUGGAGAAGUCCUCACAGAUGUCGUCACUGCAGCUGCAACCAACGGCUACUUGCACAUUUUGCAGUGGCUGUGGGGAACCCACCGAAGGCGAGGCUGCUGGGGGGGGGGGGGGGACCAUUCGAAAUCGCCACCAGGACGUAGUGGACUGGCUACGAGAAAAUGUUGCGCUUCGAAACGAUGGCUUCACGAAAACACUCAAGCUCGCUGCACCGUGUACGCCAUGAUUGGAGCUGCUGGCAAUGGACAUCUUGAAAUGGUGCAGUGGCUCCAUGCCAACUACACGGAAGGGUGUACCCCGUUAGCCAUGCACCUGGCAGCAGGACGCGGCCAUCUUGAUGUGGUGCAGUGGCUCCACGCUAAUCGGCUGGAGUGUUGCCUGCGAGAUACAAUACAAACCUGUGCGGCUUGUGGCAAGCUAGACAUGGUCAAGUGGUUGUAUGCUAACCGGAGUGAAGCCUUCAACCUUCGAAGAACUAUGGAAGAUGCUACUGCACACGGUCACUUAGAUGUUGUGCAGUGGUUGCACGACAAUUUCGAUGAUGGAUGGACCACAGCCGCCAUGGAUAACGCUGCUGAAAAUGGUCACCUGGAUGUCGUGAAGUGGCUGCAUGAGCACCGCCAAGAAGGGUGUACAACCUAUGCGAUGGAUGCUGCAGCUACGAAUGGACACUUGGAGGUGGUAAAAUGGCUGCAUGCCAGUCGAGAGGAGGGCUGCACUACGGAUGCACAUCUGAAAGCGUCCCCGAUUCAUCUCGAACGAGUAGAGAUUAUCGAGUGGCUGGUUGAACGUGCUCCAAGUAUGCUGACUGGGAGUACUCUUGUCAUCAAUACCUGGAAUUGGUACCUUCGCGACUAUCUUCGGCUGCGUCAGUGGCGGGUAGUCGACCGUAACUACUCUACGUUGACGCUGCGAAAACAGGCUUCUAGCGACCGAAGGGACCAUGGUCUCAGUGCGGCGUCAUUUGUUUUAAACUAA